AUGAAGCAUCCUCAUGAUCCCUUUCCAAUCCGUUCUUUCUUCCUGAUAAUUACCAUCUUCACGCUGUUUGGCAUCCCAAAGUGUUUAUGCCAGGAUGGGCGUUACGUAUCCUGUGGAAAUGUGUAUCAGUGCGGAAACAUCCAGUUUAGGUAUCCUUUCUGGGGAGGAAAUCGCCCGGAGAAUUGUGGGUAUCCUGGUUUUGAAGUGAAUUGCGUAUCAAGUAGUGUUCCCCGGAUUACGAUUUCAUCGCAACAAUACCUGGUUGUCAAUUCUCCGGACAUCACAGCCAAUACUGUGACAGUUGCAAGAGAGGAUCUUUUUAACAACAUCUGUCCACAAGACCCAAAGGAUACCGCCAUAAACUUUACCAUCUUCAAUCCUUCCAACACCCAAAACCUGACUCUGUACUACGGCUGCCCCACAAUUACUCCUCCUCCUCUGUUUGAGUUCCCCUGUACUACGAAUGGAAACACUACCGCCAACUAUUUCAAUAUGCUCGGGUCGAACCAAGGCAUCACGAUCCCCUCUGGCUGCGAUCGUAUCAUUACCGUUCUGGUUGAUCAGGAUGCGGUUCGGAAUUUGGGGAGCUCUGCUGGUUUAAACGGUGUUCUGAGGGCCGGAUUCACUUUGAAAUACGAGGCGGAAAAUGCAAACUGUCUGAGAUGUUUGCAGUCAAGAGGCCAAUGUGGGUAUGAUUCCGGUUCGUUCGUCUGUUACUGCGCCGACCGUGCCUACACUCGGGAAUGCAACGGCACCGCCGCCGGCACCCCUAGUGGAAACGGUAUGUACGAUUUUAUGUGCUAUUAG